AUGAGCACAGAGAGCCCCAGCCCUACCAGCUCCCCGGCUAUCAGCCCCCUCGCCUUCUCAACUCCGGCACCCCCAGGGACCUUCGCAGAGGCAGCCAGCCCCCUCCCCAUGCUCAUCGCCCUGGCCUGCAUUUUCCUCUUGCUGGCCACCUGUCUGCUGUUCAUGACGCUCUGCAAGCCGGCAGCGCUGGACCCCAGCCGCCGCAGGGCUCGCGAGUGCAUGCCCCACCACCCGGGCCCCAGUGAGCCCCAGCUCCGGCUCUGGAAGCGCCUGGGCUCGCUGCGCCUCUCCCUGCACAGCUUCCGCCGAGGUCGGCCCGCUGCUCCUCCACGCCCCCUGCCAGGCCGCGAUGACAACCGCAGCGACUGUGACUGCAUGGAGUCUACCAAGAUGUGA